UGUUUGAAUGUUCAUAUAAUCCAAAAACGACAGAAACGUAUUCAAAACCUCUUGAUCUUGACCUUGUUAUCAUCAGAUCUCUCCCCAAAUUCCCAUUUGUUGUACUCAGAAGUUAUGGCCAAUUUCGAGGAAUCAAGCCCUCUUUUAGCGAAUCAAACCCUUCAGGGAGAAGACAACCGCGAUCCACAAUCAAACGUAACUUUUAGCGAUGAAAAUAGCAAGAAAUCUACCACCAAAACUUCGAUCCCCAAUUCACAGAUGCCUGAUGUGGCGAAGGAGGUGAAGCAGUCUCCACCUCAGGUAGCAUCAGGGUUUCAUCAUCACCAUCAGGCUGCAUAUGGUUGGACUGCCGACGGCUUGCCAUUGACUAAUGGCGGUGCUAAUGUGAUGGGGGAGCCGCUGCCCAGGGCUCAAUGGGACUCGGGUCUAUUCGCGUGUCUCGGGCGUAAUGAUGAAUUCUGUAGCAGCGAUCUUGAAGUUUGUCUUCUUGGGAGUGUGGCCCCUUGUGUGGUUUACGGUAGCAAUGUUGAGAGACUUGGAUCUGCUCCUGGGACUUUUGCAAAUCAUUGCUUGCCUUACACUGGUUUGUAUUUGAUUGGCAACUCCUUUUUUGGAUGGAACUGCAUGGCCCCUUGGUUUUCAUAUCCUACCCGUACGACAAUCCGCAGGAAGUUCAACCUCGAGGGUAACUGGGAGUCGAUGAGCAAAUCAUGUGGUGGAUGCUGCAACGUGGAUGAAGAACAACUGGAGCAAGCGGAGAUGGCGUGUGAUUUUGCAACCCAUGUUUGCUGCCACCCUUGUGCUCUUUGUCAAGAAGGGCGUGAGAUUCGUCGCAGACUUCCUCAUCCAGGGUUUGGAACCCAACCGAUGCUGGUCAUGAUCCCUCCUGGGGACCAGACCAUGGGUCGUCAUGGAGCCUGAGUGAAAUUGAACAUCUGUUUUCGUAUCAUACUUUAUGGGAGUUUUUGUUGGUAUGUUUGAUGAUGUGUGUAAAUAAGUCACCAGGAGAUGGAACAAUUUUCUUUUGUAUUUUGUUGUGGAGAAUGAUUAUGUUUUAAAUAAUGCAGUGUCAAUAAAAGUCACAGUUUUUCCU